AAAAAAAAACGCGGCUCGCACUCCGAGCAGUUGAUCGCGGUGCGGACCCAACCAGUCAGUUGAUCGGAGGAUUCGGCGGUGAACGGUGCUGCCACGGACGAACGCUACGGUCGCGAUCGCGGUUCUUGUGUGCUGCUGUUGAUGUUGUUGUAGUUGCGCUGCGUUGCGUGCCAGGUGUCCAAGUGAGUCAAGAAGUGAAGUGAAGUAAAUCCAGAGAAAAGAGAAUCGGACAAUAAAGUACGUCGUCGGCAACAUGGACAUCGACAUGAACGAAGGGAAGGAACGCAUUGGGCCAAUGUUUAAAGGUCGUCACGUGCUGAUCACCGGCGGAACGGGAUUCCUCGGCAAGGCGUUGAUCGAGAAAUUGCUCCGAUGCUGCUCGGAGAUUGGCCAGAUCUAUCUUCUAGUCAGAGCGAAAAAGGGCAAAGCGCCCCGCCAGCGCCUAGAGGACAUCUUCUCCAAUCCGCUGUUCGAGACCGUCAAGGGUAUGCGCGGUCUGGAUGCGUUGCUGAACCAAUGUACCGUGAUCGCGGGCGAUGUCACCGAACCGGAGCUAGCCAUUUCGCCAGAGGACCGCCGGUUGAUAACGGAAAACGUUUCCAUCAUCUAUCACUGCGCCGCUACGAUACGCUUCGAUGAGACGCUCAAGAAGGCGGUCAUGCUAAACACCCGCGGUACCAAGCUGAUGAUCGAGCUGGCCAAGCAGUGCACCAAGUUGGAGAUGUUUGGUUACGUGUCGACCUCGUACUGUCAUCUGAACGAGAAGCUACUGCUGGAGAAACCGUAUGCCCCACCGGCCGAUCCACACAAGGUCAUCAAGGCGGUCGAAUGGCUCGAGGAGAGUGUCGUCGAUGGUAUGACCAAGAAAAUUCUAGGUGACUGUCCCAACACAUACGCAUACACCAAAGCCUUGGCCGAGGCGCUGGUGGUGGAGUCAAUGGACGAGAUACCGGCCGUCAUCUUCCGUCCAUCGAUCGUGAUUCCGACCUGGCGUGAACCGAUUCCCGGCUGGACGGACAAUAUUAACGGACCGGUUGGUUUGCUGAUUGGUGCCGGUAAGGGUGUCAUCCGGUCAAUGUACUGCAACUCGACGGGCUACGGUGAUUAUCUGCCGGUGGACUUUGCCGUCAGUGCGAUGUGUGUGUGCACCUGGAACUAUGUUGGCAACAAGGAUCAUGCUCGUAACAUCUUCCAUCUGGUGAGCUCGGCCGAGAUCAAAGUGUCCUGGGAGGGUAUCAUCGAGCGAGGCAAAUGGAUCGUAUCGAACAAGAUCCCGCUGAACGGUGUCCUGUGGUAUCCGGGUGGUUCGAUGAAGCGUACCCGAUGGGAGCACAAUCUGGCCGCCUUCUUCUUCCACUGGAUUCCGGCAUUUCUGAUCGAUUGCUUGCUUUACUGCUUCGGAUACAAACCAAUACUAUGGAGAAUACAUCAACGUAUCGCGAAGGGAUUUGAAGUGUUCGAGUACUAUGCCAACAAUCAAUGGGACUUUGAUAACGCCACGAUCUUGUACCUGCGGACACUGAUCAACGAGGAGGAGAAAGUGAAGUUCAAAAUAGACGCCGGAGGUGUCGAAAUUCAGGAGUACUUCGAGAACUGCAUAAAAGCCGCUCGGUGGUACAUUCUGAAGGAAACGGACGAUACAAUCCCUGCGGCCAAGCGCCACAUGAGAGUGAUGUGGUGGGUCGACAAGAUAUGCAAGACGCUCAUCUACGGAGGACUUCUGUAUUACAUCGGCAAGGCGCUCUACUCGGUACUGUUUGGGUCCGUGGUGUAAUCCGUAAGUGCCCAUUCCGUGCCUGGGGCUAGUUGUGUUCAGUAGCCCUGAGCGGGCUUAGGCUUAUCGCUAGAUCCCAUCGCAAGAUUCCCAGUGUGUUUAUGAGUUAUCUUCCCAAUUCGGUUCGGUUCGUGCACACGCGUUCGUGUGUACGCUUAUUUUCGAUUUCGGUUCAUUAUUCCUCUGCACCCGGACCUCUGCAUGAGGUCAAAAGUAUCUCCCAGCACCCAUAUGGCAUGUGUAUGUGUGUGUGUUAAGUUUGAUUAGAAAAGCUCAAUUACCAUUAGGAAAUGCCUGUCUUUUUCGUUGUGCCUUUCGGUGUCACUCUGUGGUGUAGUGUUUUGUACAUUUAUCUUCUACCCUCCCUCCUACCGACACUCAUACCUAGGAUUAAGCAUUGCUCAUCCGCGAGCGUAGGGUUACCAAUAAAAUAUAGAAACAUUUGAUUUUUAUCACACUAA